AUGACAAAGGCAAGAGCUUCGAGAGGUCAUACCGUCAAGCCAGAGCCUGGCAAUCAUCAGAAUACUUCUCCUACACCUUCCCUCACCAACACCUACAACGGCUCCCAAGAGGCUAACAGAAAUCAAUCCCGCUCUUACCAUGCUGGGCCUGCGGAUGUCAAUCAAUCAUUCUUGAGAUCAGACGCCCCCACGCCUUCUAUCGCCCCUCACGGCGCUUACACUGCCCCCCAAACUGUCCGCAGUGCGCUUACGAACCCAACUUUUGACGAAAGUGAACCUGUUCUGCUCCAAGUCAGAAACAGAGACAUGGAUCCGCCCGUGAUCCCCAUGCAGAGCGAUUCAUUUCUCGAUGGCUCCUUCCGGGACAUAGGCGCCAAGGUCAAGAUCUUCAACGAUACUCUCGGUGAGCUACAGCAGCUUGGCGUCUCCCACGAUGUCGCACUUCCUCAGCUCGUCCUAGUCGGCGAUCAGUCUGCCGGAAAAUCGAGCUUGAUGUCUGGUCUUGCCGGACUCAACCUCCCUCGCAGCGAAGGCGUCUGUACUCGUUGCCCCGUCCACAUUCGCGUUUCCCGGAGUGGCCCUCGCGACCGUGGCGGUCCUCAGUGGUCUUGCCGUGUCUCUCUUCAGCAGGACUACGCCUUCAAGCCUCCCAAUCACUUCCUCACGAAGGCCGACGUCACCCCGGAGAACCCGUUCCCACCAUGGGUGAAGCAGGCGCGAGUGGUCAAGGAAUUCAUGACGAUUUACGAUCAAUCCGACAUCGAUACCGUGUUGAAGUGGGCUCAGAUCGCAAUCCUCAACCAUGAUCAAAACCACGAGCUGUACGUUCCCGGAUCAGGCGCCAUCACUAAGCAGUUCUUGUUGGACGACGAGGCCGAGAGAACUCUCGCCAAGUUCAGCCCCAACACGGUCGCCUUGGAGAUCAAAGGCCCGGACCUGCCUGAUCUAUCUUUCUACGACAUGCCUGGCAUUUUCCGCAACGCGGCACGCGAGGAAGAUGAAUAUCUUGUGUCGGUGGUAGAGAACCUGGCACGCGAGUACAUUUCCCAUUCUGAAGCCCUCAUCAUCUGGGCUGUGCCAAUGAACGUCGACCCGGAGACGUCCUCGACUCUGUCAAUCAUUCGUGUUCUCCAGGCUCAGCAACGGACAAUUGGAGUCAUGACAAAGGCUGAUCUUCUCCCUGAAGGCAACAAUAGUCAGUGGCUGUCAAUGCUCCGUGGCGAGGCGCACAAGAUCGGUCAUGAAUUCUUCAUCACGUCAAGGCCGUCGAACCAGAAGCUCGACGAGCAGCAGAGAUGGGAGGAGGGAUUCUUCCACCAAGAUGCUAGUGAACGCUGGCCAGAGGAGUUUCAUCCAUUCCGCGAGCGAUGUGGCGUGGAGAAACUCAAGAUCGCUCUUUCGGAGAAGUUGGGCAAGGAAUUCGCCAAGAACCUGCCCUCAAUCAAGCACAAGGUGCAAAGCAGACUCAGUGAGAUCGAAGCUGAGCUCAGCACGCUACCCGAGUUGCCCAAUAAUGUUGAGUUGGAAGUUCGGAAGAGCUUGAUGGCGUUCUCCUCCACUGUCAAGGAGACUCUUCGUGGUAGAAAGUUUUCCUCUAACUACGGAUCUCUUUCGGACAGCUUCCGCGACUGUAUACUUCAGAUGAAGCCCAAGUUCAUACUGAAGGACAAGUCCGACAUUCCUGUUCUUGAAAUCUCUGAUGACGAGGACGACAGUUCGUAUGUUACCCCCUCCAACAGAAAGCGUGGCGGCUACGCCCAUCAACAAUCAGCCGCCAAACGAGCCCGACCAACCGUCAAUGCCAGUAGCUCCUUCUCGGCUGCCAUCAAGACAGAAGACAGUGGUCCGGCGCCAUCGACACCUUCUCGCAGAGGACCACCCCAGCCAAUGCCUCUGGCCCCGCCGUUCCAACGGUACGCUAACCAUGGCGCUGGAUUUCGGACACUGGCGCAGAUUCGCGAAGACAUCAAGGCCAAGACCAAGGCAGGCAUGCCUAGUAUUGUGCCUGACGAGGUCUAUGAAGAUCUAUGCAAGCAAGCCGUAAAGGCCUGGAACCAGCCCAUGGAAACCUUCCUGCAAGAGACUAUGAAUGUUCUCCAACGAAUCGUCGACUACGCCCUGAGCCAGGCUUUUGGUACUCUAAUGAAGCGAUUGAUCUUCAAGAAGUCAACCAACCUUAUGAACGAGUUCCUGAGAGAGCGUCGUAGCGAGGCAAUGUCUUUUCUCAAGGACAUCUACGACAUGGAGACGUUCCAGCUCUUCACAGUCAAUCAAAAGGCGUUCCAAGAUUAUGAACGCUCUGAGAGUCGGGUACUCACGCGUUACCGCCACGUUAUGCGCUGGCAGGCAUUCUCGGGAGAUUCCUACGAGUUCCACGAUUGGGACCAUAUGACGCCAGAGCAGCGCAUGAACGAGGAGCGGAAGCAUAACGUCGAACUUGGAAAGAUGGGCCCAGACACCUUUGAUAAGGAACUGAGGGUGGCAGCCUACGUCCGAGGUUACUACAUGUUGUCUGCUCUCCGCUUCGCCGACACGGUCUGUCUGUCGGUCACGUCCCGCAUGAUGCCGAAGAUCGUUCAGGAUCUCGACUUCUUCCUCGAGAACAAUCUCGGUCUCAUCGGUGGCCGUGACGAGACUGUAUUUGCCCGCCUGAUGGAAGAGGAUGAAGCGACCGCGCGCAAGAGGGAGAGACUGAAGAACGAGCUGGAGAAGUUUAAGAAGGCUCUCGACUCGAUCACGACCAACGAGUUGGAGGGCGCUUUUGGGUCGUCUUCGCAGGGUAGAGACGCAUUCGAGGCUUACGGCGAGUCUUUUGCCGAGACCAUGGAUUUGGACGGAGGAUGUUGA